AACCUCAUUAAUCCAACCCAUCUCUUCGAUCGAAAAGCGCAACGCAGCUGUUACCCUUCGAUCGCGACGCAAACAUUUACGUUCCACGACAUCUCGAGUUGGAUGAUGGCGACUGAGCCAACCCUCAAUAAGCCGGAUGCAUCUCUAACUGAACCCACCCUCGUAAGUGCUCAGUCAGCUGUUGCAAGCAACGACACUCAGGAUGCCAGCCAUUCGAGUGCUACACUAAACGGUGUUUCCUCCGACGUCGAGAAUAGGCAGAUCGCAGAAAUCGUCGACGAAUUAGUGAACUCUGCUGAAGUUAGUGUGAGUGGUGGUUCGGAUACGGAAACAUCAAAGGCACGCCUCGGUGACAGAAACCAUGCGCGUACAUCUUCAAGUCUCAAGAAGCCCCAGAGCUUCAAGUCGGUUUCUGUAAAUCGCACUUUUCUGGCCGCCAAAUCUACUACGAAUUCGACCUCCCGUCCCGAUUCUUCUGCCAACUCCGCCUCUACUACGCCUCUGCCGACUCCAAGUGCCUCCGCUUCGCGUCUGAAGCUUGUUGCCAAAUCCGGCAGCAGCUUAGGUGGUUCUACCAAGACUCUAAGUAGCAACGGUAAACCUGCCGCCGCCCCUGACCCAAAUACUGUCUGGAAUCGCAAUAGACCGGCUGCUCAACCUGAGCAAAAGAAGCUAUCUGAUGAGGAACUCAUGCAUAAAUACGGCAUCCACAUGGCAGGCCGUUUAGGACCGGAGGAUACUAAGGGUCAGUCGAACUGGGCGGAUAUCGAUGAUGACGAAGAGUGGGAACCCGAAACCAUUACGUGGACCGACGGGACCAAGAUCACCUUACCACCAGCCGAUGAAAUCGUACCAAGUCCCGUCACCGUCCACGCUACACUUAGCAAGGAACCAGCUCCCGCACCGCCCAAGUCAAAAUCGCCUGCGCCGACCCCGAGCGCAAUCGAGUCUCCCUCGGUCAGACCCGGUACCUUGGCCUCGGGCAAGAGCCUUGUGCUGAAAGGCGCUCCUGAGAAGCCUACUCUCGUUGCAAAACCACCUGCGCCACCAACACCUGCUAAAUCGCCAUGGGCACGCCUGCCACCUAUAGAGAAAGUUCCUCCCGGGCAACCAGAUUUAUCCAGCCUUACAUCGGUUUCGCGUCCUCCGGCACGGGAUGCUGCUACUAAGAGCGCGACUCCCCCGCUAACUAAGGAGAUUGCGGCAGACGACUUUAGUCGAUCCGGUUUCCGAGAAGGUCAUACAGGCAACCAUAGCCAACUAUUUAAUUCGCACUCCGGUCGAUACGAGCCGGUGACGGAUCGUAGAGGAUCCAGGAAUGAUGCUCAUGGACGCCAGCCAGCUGUUCUCCAGCGUCCCCAAUACCACGACCAGCAAGGCCCUGCGGAACCAUCGGCUGCUUUUCAGACAAGCAGAACUAGUGCUCACGAAGUUCCAUUUGGUCGCCGUCGCGGUUCUUCUAAUGUUAGUGGUACGAGUGGCAUUAUGGCACAUAGACCUGGAAAGCCAUACGAUAUUCCGCCGCCUCCCGAGGUGAUUCAGUCCCAAGCUGGCUCCGUUGUUGGGGCCGAGAGCCCUAUUUCCACAACUUUCUCUCCGGUGAAUAACCAGAUUACGCCGCGGCCCCAGCCUAGUCAUCCAUACCAACCCCGUCCUUCCCCCGGUCAAACAUAUGCUACACCUCAAUACAACCCGCCUAGUGCGGACGCACCAUCCAACGAAGACGAAUUUGCUAUUCAAAGAAGAGUGAUGCGUGAGCGUCGUGAGCAAGCCAUUAAGCGUAGAUUAGAACAAGAAGCUCGUGAAGAAGAGGCUCGCAAGGCCCGAAUUGCCGAGAAGCUCAAGGCAAUGGGCCCUCCGCCUGAACGCAAGAGCGCCAAAAAGGAAGGAAAGAACGAAUCUUCUACACAAUCCGCACAUGCUGGACGGACAAGCAUUCCCUUUACCUCGGAGGAAAAGCUCGAAGUGCCUUCCGAAGCUACAGCUGAUUCUGCUGCCACAAUGAAUAAGUCCAAGUCCAAUUCUGAUCGCCAGGUCAACGGUGAUGCUAAACAUCCGGCUACGCAAACCGUUAAUGCGCCGAAAUCUCAGUCGGCACCAUCAUGGCCCGAGGCUCCGCAACAUCCAGAACGUUUUACCUCGUGGGUUGGAAGUUCUCAAAACAGUUCUCGAAAUGUCUGGGGUGCUCCCGGAAACGACCGUUCCCUUGGAAAUGGCACGUUUAAUCCUGACCUAGGAACCUUACCUGAUGCCCACCCGGCUCCGAUCACCGAACGUAUCCAUCGCCCGGCACCGAUCGGUCCCCCCCGCUCUAACUCGCAGCAGCCCGUACGCCCCGAGACAAUGUCUAGUAACCGGAUACCUCCAAUCGGCCCGCCCCGCGGCCGUUCUUCCAAUAUUCCCGAACAAGAGCUUUCAAGUUCAUGGAAUACUUUCACCUCCAACGUUCAAGAAGAUGAUCGCAGACGAGCGGCAGAGAUGCAAGAGCUCAUACAUGGCCACGAGAAAAACCCAACCAUUCCGAUCAAAGACACCUGGCGUCCUAGAGGCAAUAUACAGGACACAAAGCGAGGUUCGGCUAACCCAUUUACCAACCACAAUGAGGCUCAACCAAGCGGUUCGUUCAACGGUUCUAGACAUAUCGGGAGAGACGAGCGACUUCGUCCCGAUCUGUCUGCGGACGAGGUUGCCAAACGCAAAGGUCUUAUGCCGUCCGAUUUUGCUGCUCGAGAUGCGGCUAGAGAGGCUGCCGUUAAAGAAGCAAACGGUAUACGCCCCGAGUUUGGUAGGCAGCCCCCUGUCGGCCACACCGGACGAAAUGUGCCUGGGCCCGCGACCCAACCCAGAAGCAGUUCUCGAUUCUUCCCCUCAGCGCGGGACGCGCUCACACAAGAUAACGGUGCUCAAGAGGAGGCGCGUACUAAGUCCCCAACCCCGCCCCCUCCAACCGCAGAUGGCCACCCAGCAUUUGAUGGCGACGUCACUCGUCCGCAUGUGGCUCUACCACCAGCUCGUCCGAUAGUCAAGCUACCACCCCCGACCAAUUCUGCAGCCCCUAGCCCUCUUGUACCAUCUGCUAAGCCUGCACCGAUUUCAUUCGCUGCCGCCGCUGCCGCGCCCGUCCGGGGUAACGCACAAGCUACAGUUCCCCGUCCCUCUAGCAGAGGUAAGGGAUAUGCGGGAAUCCCUCAAAAGCCGCACGAGAUAGCAUCUCAGGAGAAUUGGCAGGAUAAGAUUAACAAUCUAAUGGGCAAGAAGCCGAUCCAUCAAGCGAAGUCUAUGGCUAUAGACUCUUCGAGCAAGAUCGCGCUAGUGCAUACCCAUUCGUAUGACCCUGCAACUGUUGCGCUACCUGGUCUCUCGUACUCGGUGAGCUCUAUAGCUUCUGAUGAUAGUGACUACACUAGCAAGGAGAUGGCGGAAGAGUGCUUUGGCGAGCAAGAGAUGGGCUCGCUCCCGGCUGUCCGACUCCCUAACGAAGCACCGGAUGCACUAUGGCAAGCCGUCGAACCAAACUACGAUCCUAUACCCGUUAAACUACGAGUCGAUCCCACAGGUGCCGAAGCUUUGAGAUUCCUACCAGAAGUAUCAAACGGCAAGAGCGUGAUUAGAAUUUCUACUCCCUUCAUGUCGGAAGCAAAGACCGUUCUAGUGCCUUUUGUUAACAAUAGGUCUACCAGUAACCCGCGUCGAUCUGGACCUCGAGGAACCCCUCGUCGUUUAUCAGGCCGCGGUGGGCAGCGCGGAGGAAGAGAGCAUCCCGACCACGCCGGAGAUCACGCCUCGUCACAUUCCCCCGGCCGUCCAUCCACCCGGAGCGGACGUGGGAGUUAUAGGCCCCGAACCGAGAACUGGAGCAGACACACCCCGACUACCCCGGCGGCAUAGUCGUAAUUAUCUCUCUAGAGUCAAAUGAUGGAACAAAGUACAACCUUUCCCGCUUAGCAGCUGCUCUCCUUAGGUUUGAUCAGACUCAAUCCAUCCGCAGCACCCACCCAAUUAUGUCUCUUCGUAUAUUCGAUUGCAACGCAGUGUUGCAAAUUUCAUCCAUUCGUCGCAGCCGUACGGAUAAUCAGUGUAUCCCUGGACGGCAGUAUGUACAACUAAACUUUUCGACGCAUCUCUUCUGGUGCGCACU